AGAUACAGACACAGCCGGAGGGAAGAGAGUCAGUGAGAGCGAGACGGGGAAUGUGAAAGACAGAGAGAGCCACACUCAGCGCUGUUAGAGGCAGAGAACGCCACUCGUGGGAGUCGCUGCGCGUGUUUCCCGAGAGUCGUAACCCCUCUGGCUCGCUGUCUGCCGUCUCCCUGCUCUGGGCUUGAGGGGCUGAUGGUUGAUGUGAGUGCGGCGCUGCCACUGCAAGUGCCACCUUCUGCCAUCCCCAUGGACCUGCGUGUGGAUCACCAGUUCGCCCUGGCGCCGAUGGACUCGGCCCAGCGCGAGCAGCAGCUGCAGCAGGAGCUCCUGGCCCUCAAGCAGAAACAGCAGAUACAGAGGCAGAUCCUGAUUGCAGAGUUUCAGCGUCAGCACGAGCAGCUCUCGCGCCAGCAUGAAGUACAGCUGCAGGAGCAUGUCAAGCAUCAGCAGGACCUCCUGGCCCUGAAACAUCAGCAGGAGCUCCUGGAACACCAGCGGAAGUUAGAGCGCCAUCGUCAGGAACAGGAGCUGGAGAAACAGCAGCGGGAACAGAAACUCCAAUUACUCAAAAACAAAGAACGCGGCCAAGAGAGUGCUGUGGCGAGCACUGAGGUGAAGAUGAGGUUACAGGAGUUCGUCCUCAACAAGAAGAAAGCUCUGGCCCAGAGGAGCCUCAACCACUGCCUGCCCAACGACCCUCGCUACUGGUACGGGAAAACCCAGCACAGCUCCCUGGACCAGAGCUCACCGCCUCAGACAGGGAUUUCCACUUACAACCACCCGGUGCUGGGACUGUACGACCCCAAAGAUGACUUCCCGCUCCGCAAGACGGCAUCUGAGCCCAACCUGAAGCUGCGAUCCAGGCUGAAGCAGAAAGUUACGGAGCGCAGGAGUAGCCCGCUGCUUCGGAGGAAGGAUGGGCCGGUCACCAGUGCAAAGAAGCGCUCUCUCGACAUGGCAGAAUCGGCAUGCAGCAGUGCUCCUGGCUCUGGUCCAAGUUCACCCAACAACAGUUCAAACAAUAUUACCAAUGAGAACGGCAUCGCUGGAUCAAUCUCCAACAGUCCAGUGGAGCCAUCUUUGGCGCACAGACUCACAGGCAGAGAGGGUCCUGUUAGCCAGCUGUCUCUGUACACAUCGCCCUCCCUUCCCAACAUCACCCUGGGCCUGCCAGCCACCGGCCCCUCCAGCGUGGCAUCUAGCCAACAGGAUGGUGACAGAAUGGCAGUGCCAGGCUUGCAGCCAGGAAUACCCAUAACCACUCCGUUCAUGCCAGGAGCCCACCUGUCUUCUUACUUGGCCGCCUCCACCUUAGAGCGGGAGGGCGGCUCGGCACACAACACUCUCCUGCAGCAUAUGGUGCUUCUGGAGCAGUCAGCCGCACAGAACUCCCUGGUCGCAGACCAUCACGUUAAAGAGGAAACCUCUUCUCCGCCCACUGUUGUCAGGGAGACUAGCGAAUCCACAGGAAGUGUACAAACAGGAAGUGUCAAACCCCUGGGAGGAGCAGUGAUGGAGAGUGUGUCUGCAGCAGAGUGGCUCAAUAACAUGAUGGCUAAGCCGAACGAGCCGGGCCGACAGCACGAGAGCCACCCGGAGGAGACGGAAGAGGAGCUGAGGGAGCACCAGGGCCUGGGCGACUCCACGGAGGCUCUUCCUCAUGGGGUCACCAUCAAACAGGAACCGCCGGAUGAACAGGAUGAAGAGUUCCAGCAGAGAGAGAGGCAAGCCGAGGAAGAGCUGCUCUUCAGACAGCAAGCUGUCCUGUUGGAGCAACAGAGGAUCCAUCAGCUGAGGAACUAUCAGGCGUCUAUGGAGGCGGCCGGACUGUCUGUGACUUUCCCAGGCCAUCGGCCCCUGUCCAGAGCACAAUCGUCCCCGGCCUCUGCGACCUUUCCCAUUGUGGUGCAGGAACCACCGGCCAAACCACGCUUUACCACCGGUCUGGUGUAUGACUCCUUGAUGCAGAAACACCAGUGCAUGUGUGGAAACAGUAACAUCCACCCCGAGCAUGCCGGACGCAUCCAGAGCAUCUGGUCACGACUGCAGGAGACGGGGCUGCGCGGCCAGUGUGAGUGUAUUCGAGGCAGGAAAGCCACUCUGGAGGAGCUCCAGACAGUCCACUCUGAGGCUCAUGUACUGCUUUACGGAACGAACCCUCUCAGACAGAAACUGGACAGCUCGGUGACACCUAUGUUCGUGAGACUGCCGUGCGGAGGAAUCGGGGUUGACAGUGACACUAUCUGGAAUGAAGUUCACUCGUCCAGUGCUGCUCGUCUGGCUGUGGGAUCUGUAGUGGAUCUGGUGUUUAAGGUGGCUUCAGGAGAGCUGAGGAAUGGCUUUGCUGUGGUGCGACCUCCAGGACAUCACGCUGAGGAGAGCACUCCCAUGGGAUUUUGCUAUUUCAACUCUGUCGCCAUUGCAGUCAAACUUCUGCAGCAGAGACUCAACAUCAGUAAGAUUCUCAUUGUAGACUGGGAUGUUCACCAUGGCAACGGGACUCAACAGGCCUUCUACAGUGACCCUAAUGUCCUGUAUGUGUCUCUCCAUCGCUACGAUGAUGGGAACUUCUUUCCUGGCAGCGGAGCCCAUGAUGAGGUGGGCAUCGGUCCAGGCGUGGGCUUUAACGUGAACAUGGCCUUCACCGGUGGUCUGGAGCCGCCCAUGGGGGACGCAGAUUAUCUGGCAGCAUUCAGGACGGUGGUGAUGCCAAUUGCGAAUGAGUUCGCACCAGACGUGGUGUUGGUUUCUUCAGGCUUCGACGCUGUGGAGGGGCAUCCGCCACCUCUGGGAGGAUACAAACUCACGGCCAAAUGUUUUGGCUACCUGACCAAGCAGCUGAUGGGACUGGCUGGCGGCCGGCUGGUGCUCGCACUGGAGGGGGGUCACGACCUCACCGCCAUUUGUGAUGCCUCUGAAGCAUGUGUUUCUGCUUUGCUUGGAAACGAGUUGGACCCUCUUUCUGAAGACGUGCUACAACAGAGGCCGAACCCCAAUGCUAUUCACUCCAUGGAGAAAGUUCUGGAAGUCCACAGUAAAUACUGGCGCUCGCUGCAGAGAUCUGCCUCGACUCUGGGCUACUCGCUGCUGGAGGCUCAGAGAUGUGAAACUGAAGAGGCAGAGACGGUGACCGCCAUGGCCUCCCUGUCUGUGGCCAACAACUAG